GCCGCAGUCGCGGAGUGCGUGUGUGCGGGAGCGCGCCGGGGAUUUUCUCUCCUUUCUCCUGGAGGAACAUUGCGUCAGUUUUAAACGGAGUUUCAACACACACACACACACAAUGUAGAGUGUGUUGGAGAAGGAAAGAGCUGAUGUGAUGGAUCAGACGAAUUCGUCGGGAAUGAUGGAAAACCUGUUAGGAACAUAACACACACUUUGGACAGCUUGGAGUGUGAGCAGGACAUCAUCCUCACAGGACACAUGUGUCGCUUUAUUUCCUCUCACACUCACUGGCUCCAUUGUGGCCCCCUUUGGAAAGGUUAAUUUGUGUCGUCUACCCCAGGGCAAGCGUUUCGCAUUGCAGAUGUUCUCCACCGAAGCAAGAGCGAAAGCUUUGAGAAGCUAACGAGGGUCGUGGAUUUUGAACACCGCCGGAGCUGACGAGGUUCUCUGCAAAAUGGAACCUGGAGUCUAUACUGAGGGAUUCUGGGCACAAGGCAGGGGACACACUGGACAGUAGGGGGCAACUCAUCAGACCAAUCAGCAAUGCAUGUCUUUGGACUGGGGGAGGAACCUGGAGUACCUGAAGGAAACCCCCAAAGAACAGGGUGAAGACAGGAAUCAAACCCUGAGGAACUCAGGAUCACGGAUAAAGUGAGACUGGCAGAUUGGACUGGAAUAUAGAGACCAGAACACCACAUCUGGAGGAAAUAAAUAAGCAGGGUGUGUGUGAGACAGCUGAGAGGACCACUGCAAUCUGAACGUAAUCAGACACAAUAAUGAAGAUUAAAUACACCAUCUCCUUGGUCUUCAUCGUGGCUGUGGUCAUCAUCGAGAAGGAGAACAACAUCAUCUCCAAGGUCUCAGAUAAGUUCUCUCUGAAGCAGACGCCUCAGACCCCACUCCAGACCAGCGGAUCUUCUUGGGCGUCUCUCCGGCAGAACGGCUCCAGUGUCCCAGUCCUGUCCGAGCUGGACUUCUCAUCCUACUUGGAACUAAAAUGGAGCUUAGAGAACAUCUCUGAGCCCAGCAAAGGCGGGAAACACAUACUCCUUCUGGCCACGACCCGUACAGGCUCCUCGUUUGUGGGCGAGUUUUUUAACCAGCACGGCUCAAACAUGUUCUACCUGUUCGAGCCUCUUUGGCACGUGGAGCGCAUGCUAACUCUGGAGGGUGGUGGGACCAACGGUACGGCUUUGACUCAGGCUUAUCGCGACAUUCUCCGCCAGCUUUUCUUGUGCGACUUCACCAUGCUGGAGACCUUCAUCGAGCCACCGCCAAAGGAUCAUGUAACGACAGGACUGUUUCGCCGUGAGUCCAGCCAGUCGCUGUGCACUGAUCCCGUCUGCACGCCGUUUGUGAAGAAGGGGUAUGAGCCGUACCAUUGCCGUAACCGGCGUUGCGGACCACUAAACCUUACACUUGCUUCCCAGUCCUGCUUGGAAAAGGAGCAUCAUGCCAUCAAGUCAGUACGAGUACGGCAACUAGAGACACUACGCUCAUUAGCAGAAGACCCACGACUGGAUUUAAAGGUUAUUCAGCUGGUCCGGGAUCCUCGAGCCAUGUUAGCGUCCCGCAUGGUGGCCUUCGCAAACAAAUACGAGCACUGGAAGAGGUGGACCAUGAACGGAGACAUCCCCCAGGAUGACAACGAAGUGAGGAAGCUCAAAGGGAACUGUGAGAACAUCCGCAUGUCCGCCGAAGUGGGUCUCAGACAGCCUCCGUGGCUGCGUGGACGAUACAUGCUGGUGCGUUACGAGGACAUCGCCAUGUUUCCUAUGCUUAAAGCGGCCGAGAUGUAUCGUUUUACCGGAAUCCCCUUCACCGUCCAGGUAAAGGAGUGGAUCUUGAGGAACACGCAAGCAUCCGAUAAGGCUAGCGGAGUGUACUCCACCCAGAAAAACUCAUCCCAGCAGGUGGAGAAGUGGAGGUUCAGUAUGCCGUUUAAACUCGUACAGAUGGUUCAGAAAAUUUGCGCACCCACCAUGAAUUUGUUUGGGUACACGUUUGCAGAAAGUGAAGAGAUGCUAAUGGACAAGUCCAUCAGUUUGGUCGAAGAAAGGACUUUUUUAUGACCAAAAGAACUUUUUUUUUUAGCAAUUUUAUUUAUUAUGGGGAUUCGUCCAAAAACAAGGACACAAGCUGAACAGAUCAAAAACACAGCAACAUAUCGUAUCACAAACCUCUCAAACAUCAUGAAGGCAUUAGGAGAGACAUUUUACAUUUUUCUGUCAUGUAGCAUAGGGCAUUGUUUUUUAUAAAUGACGUAUUUAUGAAUUCUGCUUUUCAGCUAGUUCAGGUUUCAACUCCAAAAAUCAACCAAAAAUGCUAACUCUGAAAUUGGCGUAGAUGUUAGCUAAUGGCCAUGAUCUAGAGCGGUGUAAAAAAAAAUCAUCCUUGGUUUAAACUUUGGUUACCAGUUUCUUAUAUUACCCACAAUCCUGUUAUGCUAGCUGUCGAACAUUUUCAGUUGUUGGAAUGCUAACACAAACAUUACAUUAAUGUAAGCAGGAACGUCAUCUGGCUCAGUAAAUAGCUAGGGUAACAAGUCUGACAGAAUUAAUUCUGUCGAGACGAGACGAGUGGAGCAUUAAACAGGUUCACAAAUUAGCUAGCAUCUACAUAUUUUCUAGCUAAUCAACUUGUUCACAAACUAAAUGGUUGAGCUCGUUUUUCCAACAUGUUCUUUUUGCAACCUUUUUGCAACCUCCAAACAUUUUGAAUCAGUAGCUGAAUGUUCCUGUACAAGCUAGGUCAAAGGACACAGUUGUUUCAUGCUCAAGGUUGGCAGGUUAAAAAGAAACCGUGUUUAUUUUUCUACUUUCAGCUUGCUAAGUGUCUGUAUUUGGAGGGAAUUAGCAUUUGGCGUAUUUGUAAUGUGUGUGUGUGUGUGUGUGUGUGUUUAUACUGUGUGUCUUGGGGACAUUCCUUCUGCAGCUGGUUUGCAGAAAUGUGUGAAUUCAACGCCAGAGGUUUUGGCACCAGAACACAAGACUUUCUGUCAACACUUAUAAUUGAUGUUAAUGUGUGAAAAUGUUAGCGUCCAAACUUGGCUGUGCUUUCCAAUUGCAUUUAAAUCAUGCGCCUUGUCGCCUUCAUCACUCCGAAGUGUGUAAUAAUUCAGCCACAGCACUUGCAGAGUAAAAGAUUAGCAUGUCAGAUUCACAAGAUAUCUGAUCUGUAAACAAGCUAGCUUACUCACUAUCACAACAAAGCAGUCUGUGCAACUAGCUAAGUGCUCUGUGUACUAACAAGAUGUCAUGCUAACUAACUGGCACAAUUUUAGCUUUCAGUUAUGGACAGAGAACUGAAGUAAUACAUCAUGCUAAUUAGGUGAUCCACUUAUUAGCUACGAUACUCUGGCUGUAUGUUUUCUAAGUGCCUGAUUUGCCAGCUAUUUUAUUGCUAUACAUCUAGUUCACUAACUAGGGUGCUAAAUUUUAUUACAUGCUAGCAGGUUAACUAGUUAGCAGAACAUAAGCUGUCAAUUCCAGAUCAGUCAAUAUCUGAAUCAGUAUAAAAUGCUAAUUAGAUUCCCGUGACUACAAGGGCUUAAAUGACAUAUAUAUAUAUAUAUAUAU